CUGGAUUUAGAAACGGCCAGACGUUGCGAUUGGAGUAAAAUUAAAUGAUUGAGGUGAUAAUAUUUUUGUGUGCAGUGAAAUUAAAAUGAGCAGCAAGAAAGGCAAAGGGAAACGGCCUAACAAGCCACCUAAUCUAAAUCCACCUCAAGUAAAAGAAGAGAUAGCACAGGAGAAGGAAGAAAAAUUACAUGUCAGUGAUAUAGUUGAAAGUGAAAAUGAACAGCGAGUCCCUGAAAUUAUUAGUGAUAUUCCCAAUAUCGCAACUGAGGUAAAGGAUGACAGUAAUACACCUAAAAAACCGAAGAGAAAUAGAGGUAAGAAGAAAAAGCAAGAUAAAGAUGCGGAGACAGAAGAGACUAAUGUUGACAAAUUACUCGACUCAGUUUUAGAACAAACUAUACCUGUAGUUGUAGAUGAGAUAAAAGUAGAGGAAAUUGAGUUAAUGAAUGAAGCAGCUACAGCUCCAGAAAUACCUGAUAUAACGCCUACAGCACGAAAGAAAAAAAACAAAAAUAAGAAAAACUUACAUGAACUGCAACAAUUUGAGGAUUUGGUUUCAGAAAAAGAGAAAGAGGUAACAGAGAUUAGUAAAAAUAAUACAAAUUUAAUACCAAGUGAAUUGCUUAAUACAGUUAAGACAGUUGAACAAACAAAAAAUCCAGAGUUACCUGUUGAAACAGUGGAAGAAAUAAAGCCGUCUAAGAAGAAAAACAAAAGGAAAACACAUCAUGACUCAGAUAAAAUACUUCAAAAAGAAGAACAAUCUUAUACCACAACUACUCAAAACCAGUUAAAAGAAGAAUCAGAAGUAUUUAUAGGAGAAGAUUUAAGUAGCCAGAAUAUAGAAAGUAUUAAUGAAGAAAAGAAAGCCCAGAAAAUUGAAAAGAAAUUAGAAGAAAUUUCAGCAAGUAUAUUAACAAAGGAACAUCCAGAGGAAGCUGUAAAAGAUACAUGUAAAGUUGAACAGACAAAUACUCCAGAGUUGCCUCAUGAAGCAGCAGAAGAAGUAAAGUCGUCUAAGAAGAAAAACAAAAGAAAAAAACAUGAUUCAGAUAUCUUACAUCUAAAAGAAGAGCAAUCUUGUACCACAACCAUUCAAAAUAAAUUAAAUGAAGAAUCUGAAUUAUUUAUAGCUGAAGACUUGAGUACGGAAAAAAUACAAGAUCAAAAAAUGGAAAAUAAAUUAGAAGAAAUUCCAUCUAGUUUUCUUACACAGGAAAUUCCAGAGGAAGUAGUUUUAAAAGAUACAAUUAAAGAUAUAGGUACUAAAAAUAAGAAAAAGAAAAAGGAUAAAAGAAAUAUUUUAAAAGAGGAUGAACUACAAAUUGGUCAAGAAAUUGGUAAACAUUCUGAAACAGAAACUGAAGACAUAAAAUCUUCAUCUACUGAUUUAAUAUCAUCUAUUCAUUUUGAUGAAGAGAAUACAGAUAAUAAUUUGAAAAAAGAUGAAGCAUUGCAGCAACUAGAAGAAAAUAUCCUAAAACCUAAAGCUAAAAUCAUUAAGCCCGUAGAUAAGAAAAGUGAUAAAAAGUCAGAUCAAUCAUUUAAAGAUAGUCUGCCGAAAGAAGUAAUUGUUUCUGAAAGCCCAUUAGAUAAAACUAUUACUUCAUUAGAAGUAAAAGUUACAGAGUCCCAUGAAAAAGAUAUAGCUACCACAAAAAGUAUAAAAAGCUUAGAUACUGGCAAUGAAUCUACGCCUACCAGGAUAGAGAAGGUGAAGCAGAAAAGAGAGAAAUCUCCUAAACUACCUACGGCAACAAUGGACAAAGAAGUUAUACAAAGUAUUCAAGAUGCACAGAAAGAUAUCAUUCAGGUUUCUACAGAUAUAGCUACAGAUAUUCAGCUUAAAGUAACCAGCCAAACAGUUCAGCCUGAAACGGAACAAUUUUUAAAGGAAAAACAAGAAAUGUUUAAGGAAGUUGAUAACCAACUUUUAAAUAAAUCUGAAUUUAAAGACGAUAGAACUUCACAUGAAAGUAAAACAGAUAUUUUGCCAAAAACUAGCAAAGGAAAAAAGAACAAAAAAUUGCCAAAACCGCCUGUCAAGCUUGAAGAUGUUCAAAAGAAAUUGGAAGAGAGUAAAAACAAAGAUGAAGCAACUGAAAAUAAAGAGAAAAGUAAGGCAGAAUCAGGCGAUGUUAGUGAAGAAGUGUUUUAUGACUUACCAUCUCCUGACGAAAUAGAUAUCAAGAGUGUUAAAGCUGAUGAAUCGGAAGGAUCAGUUAGUGAAAUAACCCCUGACUGUAUACAAUAUCCACGAGCUAUUAGUCAACAGAAUACAGAUAAUAAUAACAAUACAGUAAUACAAGAACUUUUAAUAACAGAAGAAUCAAAUUUACAAAUACCCAAUAUUCUACCUGAUACGCCAUUUAUAGAUAAUUCGAAAGAUAUAUUAACAUCACCCAUAUUAUUAGUUCCUGAUUUAGAAAUAGCUUCCGGAUCAGAUGUAUCUACGCCUACAGUCAAAAAUACAGAUGAGAAACAAGAAAAGACUGAUCUGAAAUCUAAAAUGAUAGAAGUUAAUCAAGAUAUGGAAGAAUUAAGAUUAUCUAUAGAAAAAUCACUCGCUGAGCUAACAAGUUUAGAAAAAAGUGAUGAUAAAAUUGAAAAAACAGAUCUAGAACAAAAUCAACCUAUACCUGAUGAAAAAUGCACAGGAGAUGAUUUCAUUGAUCUUAUUGAAGAAAUUGAGGAUAAAGAACGAGACGUACAAAGUACUGUAAUAAGUGAGGAAAUUAACGUAUUACCUACAGUAGACGACAAUAAAAUCAUUGAAACUAUUCCAUUUGAAAAGGCAAUGGAGAGCUUACCUACAAAUUUAGAAGAUAAAAGUGAAAUAAAAUCUACAAUCUUUGAAAAUAUUGCUACUGAUAGUAAUGUGUCCAGUACAACGCAUACGUUACCCACAAGUGAAAAUAGAAAGGACAAUAAAGGUAAAAGCAAAUCGAAAAAAAAAGGAAAACAAGAACAAGGGAGUAAUUUAAAUCAAUCAAAAACCACUGGUGCUACAAGUAGUGACAAAUGUAGCUCAGAAAGCAGUAAAACCGAACAAAAAAGUGAACAAAAAACUGACAAGUCUCAAGAAAAAAGUAAACAGCAAUCAGUAAAUAUAAUUGACGAUUUAACAGAGGCUAAUAAUACGAGUAAUGAUAAAAAUUUAGUCAAUUUUGAGCCCAUAGAUAAUUUUGAAGACGCAAUGACGUCAAGUUUAGAUGACGUAAAUAAAACCUUUGAAAUAAUCGCUGAUGAUGCUCAAAACUCUCAAGUGAACUCAGAGAUUAACAUCAAUGUCUCAGUAAAAGAAAAAAAUAAAGAGCCAAAUGAAAAAAUUAACCCUGUGUCGCAGCCAAAAAACUUGUUAGGCCACCCCGAUAUUCCUGUAUCAUCGAAUAGAACUGAUUAUAAAAAGGAAAAAAAUAAACCACCGAAUGCAAUACUAGCAAAAGUGAAAAUAAAAGAUUCCGUGCAGAUAGAAAAUAGGAAGCAAUCCAAAGAAUCUCAGACUAAUAAUAUAAAAAAUUUAAUGAAAAAGAAAACAAUUGAUGAGCCUUUUUCUUCGAUGAUUAAUGAAACUGAUGAAUAUAUUUACAAGUAUACUUUUAGGAAGGUUUUUUUGCCUAAUGUUUGUCAUAUAUGUAAGAAAGAUUUAAAACAAUCCAGAAUUUCGUGUAGUUAUUGUAAUUUGUUAUUCUACUGUUGUCCAAAACAUAAAGAUGAAGGCUGGGCCCAACAUCAAGCUCUCUGUUUCGCUGUAUCUACAGUAGGACAUUUAAGAGAUCAAAAACACAUAUACGCAGACGCGAGAAACAUAACGGGACAGAACUACAGACUCCUCCGAAUGCAAAUGAUAGUGGCCUGCGAGAAGGUACUCAAGAGGAAAUUAGUGCCUUGGGAACAGGAAAUGCUGCUAUACCCGAGAAUAUGUUCCGAUAUAGGCUGCAGGGAGUGGAGACAGAAUAUGUUGGAGGACUGCGACGGAUGUGGGCAGGUAUCCUACUGCCGAGAUCAUCCAGAACAUUUACCAAAAUCCCAUCAGCGAUGGUGCAAGUCGUAUUCCUUGUAUCAGAAGUUGGUCUGUUACCAGCAGACACAAGGCAGGCUGGAGCCAAAACUUCCGAACAGGGUGAUGAUUGAUCAGUACUAUAUACCUGAGAAGAUUAAUGAAGUUCUUGCCACCAUUUACAAAGAUAAAAUUGAUAUGAAUGAUGUUGAAUAUGCAGCGUUGACACAACUAGCCACAGCACCACUCACGACCGCGUACAGUCACCAGUUGUAUACCAGCAAGUUGAAUUCUACAUACGCCAAUGGUGUUGUUAAGAAGUCAUCAUUCACAAUCCACGUAGUCGGCGCUGAGUUACAGUUCGAAGCGGAUGUAUUGAACAAAUGGGAGGUGUUCUUCUUGCAUCUACGACCUGACGUCCAGCACCUAAGGAUAGUACUGAUAGCGCCUGAUUUAAAUCCCUCCAACUUACCAUUGGAUCUGCUUCAGAAAAUCAAGCUUUGUGAAGAAUGCCAGCAAUACAAACGGCGGAUGCUGUUCAACUUUGAGGAUAAGAAGACGUAUCACGAAUACUAUGACAGCAUCGAUUUCGCCACUCCAGAUAUAGUAUGCGCCUUCAAUGCCAGCAUCCAACGAUCUUCAACUUACAACGGGACAGACUCCUGGCCUUCCACCAUCAACUGCAUCCUCAAGUUGAAGACUCCAUUCGUCCUAACAUCGUACACUCUGGAUGAAUUACGACGAGAUCUGACCAGGAUCGAGGAAGUAUCUGGCUUCGAGCUGAACCUCGUCGCAGAACCGAGACGCAACCCGUUUGCCAGCGUCAGACCUGAUAGGAACUUCAUCACGGAUGACGAGAUGCCGUUGUUGUUUAAGAAUUAUUGUUUUUCAGUUAUCUGUGGUGUGUUUUAGGUGUUUGUUUGUUGUGUUUUUGAAAUAAAGUU